AUGUAUCAGGGGCCAUUCACAACAACAAUCGAUGAACCAGCGUUGGAAAUAGCGGUCAUAAACAAGCCUAUCAAAGACGGUUUCAUGGCCAAAACGGCCGUAUCGAUGACGGAGUUUCUCCGACUCUACUGCUCCAUCCCUCUGGCCAUUGUCGCCCUCAUCGCCAUGAAACGCUACAUAGGGAGUAUCGUCAGCCGGUUUGUAUUGACGCGGCGGAACAUCGAAGAGGGGCGCUACUUUUGGGUAAAGAAUACGGACGUGUUCGACCAGCAUGCCCAACGAAAGUACUCCUACUACGAGGGUAGCGACACGGACCAGGUGGUUUCCGACGUGAAAGCGUAUCAGGCAUACAAAACCGAUGGUUUCUGGACAAAUCGCAGUUGUUACCUCCUAUCUACGCAGUUAUGCAAUACGUACGUUCUUAACAUCCCAUGUUACAGCGAUGUCAGAUUCACCACGCAGAUGUUCCCCGCGGUGAAUCGCCGGUUCUGCGUAUUGACCGCCGAAAUUAAGGAGGUUGACCUCUACGAGACCGAUAUGCCGUUGGAAGGUGAAUACUCGCCGGUGUCACACACGGAUUACGACAUACUGAACGAAACCACAGCUUCCCUCGAGUUGAACGUUCCCGAUGUGGUGGACGUAUACCCGUGGGAUGGUCCCACGCCAAACACGGCUUCGUCGGCAGUGCAGCCAGCCAAUCCAUCCGUAGUAAAGAAGCGCGCAUCGCCGCAAAAGUAUCAAAACGUGUCACCAUAUGGAGGGCUCGAUGGAGAGACGCCUUUGUGGGUGCAGCUGGACUACAUCAUGAGGAUAGACCCCAGGUUCUGGAACAAGGUCAUUGCCGCAGUGGACGCACGGCAUAUCACGUAUUUCAUCACAUACAACCUCGUCAAGAACACUGCGAGAUUCUCCCAGGAUGUUAUUUUCAACGGCGUUUCGAAGAUGAGGACCGUAGUGCAGUCCAGGGUUAACCAGCUGCGGGCGGACGACAGUGACAGCAUUGGCAUAUUCCACAGGAAUAUGCGCCAGCCGUUGAUAGGCGAAGCUUACGCGGCGCUGAAGGUGUUUGACGGGUCUCCUGUCGGGUCAGAAGGUAGCGGCACUACUAGCCUACAUACAGAUCGCAAUACACGGAGCAGCCGCGACGGUCUGCUUAGGGCGGAUAACUACUUUUCAUUAGUCUGUAUGUUGUUGGGGCUGUCUUUCACGACGCUGGCCACGCUCGAGAACACUAACUCGAAGUGGAUUCUGGCGCAGAACAUCAUAUUGGGUAUCGCAAUCGCAUAUGCCACGUUGUCCACUCUCGCCUUUGUGGUUGACACUGCUGCAAUAUUUUGGUUCGAACAAGACACCGACGUUCCGUAUUCUAACGUGCAAGUGGUUGUCAAGGACGCGAACGCCAAGGUGGUGGACGUUAUUCCGGCCGACUGCCGCAAACCAAUAGACGUGGCUUUGGUCACAAUUAACAACGAGCAGGUCACUUUGAUGAGGAGCCAUGAGGCAUACAGGACGCCGACGAUUGCCGUUUCGCUGGAGCAUGUGGAGUAUUCGAGUUGGUACGUGCCCUACAUCACGAUCGCAUACUUGUCCAACGCGGCGGAUGCAGACGCAAUAAACCAGAGCCAAGCGAAUCGGAGGUUCCUCAAGGCGCACCUGUUGAGCAGGUUCAGCCCCCGUAUAGCUCACUCGCUUGCCAGGUGUGUACUCCCGUCCACAUUAUGCCCAAUGGUGCUUAGGAAGAUUGUCAACCACGUCGCUGACAACCCGCAAUACCAGUGCUUCUGCUUCUACGUCGCAGUGUGA